GCCAUUAGGAUCUGAAAAUCUGCUUCUUAGAGGAGCCACUUUAAAGAAUACAGAAAAAGUCUUUGGUGUUGCUAUCUACACUGGCAUGGAAACUAAGAUGGCAUUAAAUUACCAGGCAAAAUCACAGAAGCGAUCUGCUGUAGAAAAAUCAAUGAAUGUAUUCCUUAUUGUAUACCUCUGUAUUCUCAUCAGUAAAGCACUAAUAAAUACUGUCCUGAAAUAUGUCUGGCAGAGUGAUCCAUUUCGUGAUGAGCCGUGGUAUAAUCAGAAAACAGAGCCAGAAAGGAAAAGAAAUCUGUUUCUUCGAGCUUUUACGGACUUCCUUGCAUUCAUGGUUCUUUUCAACUACAUCAUUCCUGUAUCCAUGUAUGUCACUGUGGAAAUGCAGAAAUUUCUUGGUUCUUAUUUCCUUACAUGGGAUGAGGAAAUGUUUGAUGAGGACACAGGUGAAGGACCACUGGUGAAUACUUCUGACCUCAAUGAAGAGUUGGGACAGAUUGAGUAUGUCUUCACAGAUAAAACAGGAACAUUAACUGAGAACAACAUGGAAUUCAUAGAAUGUUGCAUUGAAGGGCACGUUUAUGUACCACAUGUUAUCUGCAAUGGCCAAAUUCUCCACGAUUGUACAGGCAUUGAUAUGAUCGAUUCUUCUCCAGGAGGAAGUGGAAAGGAGAGAGAGGAGCUAUUUUUCCGAGCUCUUUGUCUUUGCCACACUGUUCAAGUAAAAGAUGAUGACAGCGUAGAUGGACCGAAGAAAAACCAGCUCUCAAGAAGAUCUUGUAUAUAUAUUUCAUCAUCACCUGAUGAAGUUGCUUUAGUUGAGGGAAUACAGAGACUUGGUUACACCUAUCUGAGGCUGAAGGACAAUUUUAUGGAGAUCUUAAAUCGGGAAAAUAACAUAGAGAAGUUUGAAUUACUAGAGGUUUUGAGUUUUGAUUCUGUUAGACGGCGAAUGAGUGUAAUUGUUAAAUCUUCAACAGGUGAUAUAUUUCUGUUUUGUAAGGGAGCAGAUUCUUCCAUAUUUCCUAGAGUUAAGGAAGGCAAAAUUGACCAGAUACGAUCCAGAGUUGAACGCAAUGCAGUG